AUGCGCUUCCUCGUUCUCUAUCAGUCUUUUGCGCUCCUUAGCUUAGAAACCGCGCCUGAAUAUUCUACAAAAACUGAUUUAGAGUACGAAUUUGGAGACUAUCGUGGCAAGUGGUGCAUCGACGAUCAAGGUUUUGUGUACAGCAUUGGGGAGGUUUAUUAUCCAAGUCCCAACGCUUGUCCAUGUACCUGCACCGAAGAUGGACCGAUUUGUCUAAAACCCAAAUGUCCGCGUAUCCACCCGCGAUGUACUCGCAUCCGGUACAAGUCCUGCUGCCCUGUCUGCGAAGCCGUUAGUAAAGUGUGCGUGUACGGUGGAAAGACCUAUAGAAUGUUCCAGGAAUUUAAGUUGUCUCCAUGUGAGAAAUGCCGCUGUGAGGUGAACAGAGAAGUCUACUGCACUGUGGCCGAAUGCCCUGCCUUGCACUGUGUCAACCCAACCUAUGAGCCCAGCCACUGCUGUCCAGUAUGUAAGAACGGACCAAACUGCUUUGCGGGAAACAGAGUGAUUGCGGCCGGAGAGCGUGUAGAGGUCGAUGAGAGUACCGUGUGUUUCUGCACCUAUCGGGAUGGGACGUGGCAGACACACCCUCACGCGACCUGCGAACUGCGCCAGCUGCCUGAGGAGGACGCCCCUGGGGUCGAGGACUCGUCCAAACAGAUGGAGGAGCAGGAUCAGGAGAGAAUGAGGGAAAGGGAGCUGCUGCCCAGGCUGGACCUGAUCCCAUAA